UACCCUCCCAUGCGCUAUCAGCCACUAUCAGUCACUCGUUAUCACUAUUAUUGGCAAUAGAAAUAAAAAUAACUGCAAAUUUGUUCGCACAAGCCAGUAGCCAGUCAAGCCUCGAACAGUGAAUUUAUCUCCGAACAAAAUGUCCCCAGUUGCUCCAACCGUAACGUUGAACAAUGGCCACCAAAUGCCGGUUCUAGGAUUAGGGACCUGGCUGUCCCGCGAAGGUGAAGCCGUCGUUGCGGUCAAAGCAGCCAUCGAUGCUGGCUAUCGUCACAUUGACACCGCCUACUUGUAUCGCAACGAGAAGGAAGUGGGUCAAGCGAUUCGGGAGAAAAUCGCUGAAGGUGUAAUCAAGCGGGAGGACAUUUUCGUAACCACAAAGUUGUGGAAUGGUUUUCACGAUCCGGACAAGGUUGAAGAGGCAUUCAAUCGGUCGCUCGCCAACCUGGACAUCGGUUACAUCGACCUGUACUUGAUGCACAGUCCGAUGGGCCAUAAAUUUGUCGCUUGGGAGCCGGAAAACCCUGACAACCCCUCAGUUCCGGAGUUUUCCGAUGUGGACUACGUUGAAACCUGGCGUGCGAUGGAAAAACUGUUGAAAGGUGGCAAAGUGCGAAGCAUCGGUGUCUCCAACUUCAACAGCCAACAAUUGGCUCGUGUUGUGAAGGAGUGCAAGGUAAAACCCGUGACCAAUCAGGUGGAGUGCAACCCCGGUUUGAACCAGCGAAAAUUGAUUGAGUUUUGUCAAAAAUUGGGGGUUACACUAACCGCGUACAGCCCGCUGGGACGUCCGAACUAUUACGAAAAAGAUCCCGUGAAUACGCCCAAGCCUGCUCUGGACGAUCCGCGGGUCGCGGAGAUCGCCAAAAAGUACGGUAAAACACCCGGACAGGUAAUUCUACGAUACCUGGUUGAUUUGGGGACGAUCCCGGUGCCGAAAUCGGCGAAUCCAGUCCGCCUUCGGCAGAACAUCGAAAUUUUCGAUUUCAAACUAACGAAGUCCGAAAUCGAAACAAUGGACGGUUUUACCACGGGGAAAAGAACCGUUCCGUUCGCGGCCUCCGCCAGCCAUAAGUACUAUCCAUUCAACAUUGACUUCUAAUUGAAUAAACUUCCAAAGCAAACAAACAAUUGAGUUAUUUAUCUCCCGGCGUCCAAAGUAAUCGAUUUCACCCAGAAAACAACCAAAACCAAUGACGCUAUAAGUGGCCUUAUCGAACUUGCAUGGCGAACAGGCGAGAAAUCAAGCAAAACAGCAGUUGAUCACAGUUUCCCGAAAACAAAUCGAACCGUGGCGGCGGCGGCGAUUCUCACAAAUUUUCACCUAUUGUAUGUUUAAUUUCAAAAAAAAAAAUACAGGAAGGCCAGCUGCUGUCAGCUUUUUGAUGCAUGAGAAGCAGAAAACAACACGAUGGCUGCAAUCGUCGAAGACACAAAGCAAGCCGUGGAAAAUCGCUUGAUUACCGUAACGCAAUGUGUCUCUCGGAGAAAAUGGAUCGAGAAUUACCUUUUUCGUUUCUUUCCUUUUAAGCAAUUCCAACAAGAACUUUGUUCCGCAUCGAUCUGCUGGCUGAAAAAAGGAACCUCAUUAUUUCCUGCGCUUCUUUUUUCGACUGGAACGAAUCGCUUCUUUGGACCGCUACAGGUGUGUUUUCGUACAAGCUAAGGAUCACGAUUCCUUUCGAUGCGGCUCGCUAUGGCUUUUUGGUUUGUAGGU